UUGAUCUCUCUGCUAACCCAUAAAUUCCCUUGGUUUCCCUCUUUUCCUCUGAUUCUGUUUAUAUAUGCUUAUCCUCUAAAACGCUGCUUUCAUCACGUAAUCUUUGUUUUACCCCAAACCCCAACAAAUCUUUUGUUCUCUUUAUCAAUCUCCCAUAUCCGCUGUUUUUGUAUUCGCCCUUCAGAUCAUUGUUCAGUUUUUUCAAGAUUUCCCCAAAUCCUAACAACCAUCUUGUUCUUUCUGCUAAUCCCUAACCCCUCAAAUCCCUUGUUUUUUUCUUUUAAUCCCCCGAAUCUAUUAUGUUUUGCAUUUGACUACAUGGUAAUCCUCCAAAUCUCCCUAAAUCACCCAUUCCCAUCUAAUCCUUUUUUUCUAGUUUCCCCAAUGACACUUCAAAUCUCUUGAUCUCUCUAAUCCGUUGAUUUCUUUGUUUAUCAUUCAAAUCCCCAGAGUUACCUAGUAGUCAAUCCAAAACCUGGGCUAUUAAUCCCCGUAAACUCCUUAUAUCCUCUUUACCUUAAAUACAUUUAUCUUUAAAUUAAUUCUUCUAAACAAUGAAUUCCCUCUUUGCCCGUCGCAUUUUCCCUUCAAACCUUUGUCCCUUUUCACAAUUCCCUCAAAUUUCAAUAAUUAUCUUAAUUUAACUGCUUAUCUCUUUUUUUAUUACCUCAAAGUUACGUAUAUCGCACUUUCCCCCACAAACCCAUUAAUAUCUGUCUCCUCAAAAUUUUAGAUAUAUCCGUUAAUUCUGCAUAAGAUUAAAACUCUUUUAAAAACCUAAAUCUGUCAAAAUCUUAGUUGUAUAUUUUAAUCAUGCCUCGUUAUUUCUCCCUCAAAUUAACUUUAAUAAAACCCUUCUUCUUAAAACUAUAUCAUAUCACCUGGUCUCAUCCAUCCCUUGGUUUCAUCCACUAUGGUGCUUGUUAUCUAUGUUGAUCUCCAAAAGCUUCGAUUAUAUUUUAGUUUCCCAAAUCCCCAUAUAUAUUUUCAAAACCACUAUAUUCCUUGAUAUCUAUGUUAAUCCCUCAAUUUUAUUGUUUCAACGGAAACCCACCGAUAUUUCUUUUUAUCCCAGAAAUCAUUCAAUAUUAUAAAUCCCUCUUUUUCUUUUUUUCACCAGAAACCUCUACAACCCUUUAAAACUCUUGUGAUCGCGUUUUUUUCGCAUCGGGACCCUUUAUUUC